AUGCAAAAUGGCCAAUGCCUUGUCCCUAGUAUCAAAACAACGAAAGCUCAAACGCUUUUACUUCCUGAAAAGGAUGUAGCGAAGCUUAUUAAGGCUCUACAACGCAUUCUUGACUCACAUGUGUGCUGCACAAGCGGUCGAGGAACUUGUAUGUGUCAGGGAGAUGUAAAGGGACAUGCUUCUACAGCUGACGUUACGUUGACAAACCAAGAUCCUGGUUUUUGGUUAGGUCAUGCUGAUCGUUUGCGAAUUGGUAAUGACGGCGACAGCGCACGUAAGCGCGAACAGCAGUGUUGGUUAGUAAAUUCCGAUUUUCUGGAUGCUCUAACUCAAGGAAAAGCCUCUUUCUAG